UCUGAGUUUUGACAGGUAUCGAAAAGACAAUUAUUAUUUAAUGUCAAAAUUUUCACAAAAACAUUAAUUGAUGAGGCGGUAAGCGGUUAAAUAUUUGAUCAGGAAAUUAUAUCAAAGAACGAUUUUUAAAAGAUGUAAAGUUUCAACAAACGAUAGUCGAAGUUAUAAAAACCAUAUAUGAACAAUAAUUAUUAUUGUUACUCAGAUUCUCAGGCAAUAAAGUACAAUACAAAAUGAAGAAACAGGAAUAUAACUCAGACCACUAAAACAGUACCUACCUACCUAUAAUAAAAUAAUUGAGUUAAAAAAGUAAAACAAUGGAAGAAGAAGAAGAAUAUAUAGAGAAUUCCUGGAGUUACUUAACCUUUUGCAUUGAACCUACACUUUAUGAAGGAUUAAGAUUUGCGAAAGAUCUGCUUCUUGCAAAUCUUUGUUUACGGUUUUCCAUUCAGUUUAUAUCCGUACCACAAAAUGUUCGACAUAGCAUAAGUUUAGUAAUAGGAAGUCUGUUACUGUAUUAUAAUAUUGGAUCAGCAAUUUCGUGGGUUUAUGGACUGACUGCAGGUGCCUAUUUAUUAAUCUUAAUGUUAACAAAUGUAACAAAGAAAAAAAUAGGAGGUGCUAUUACCUGUGUAAGUGUCAUAUCUUUUUUAUUAUUAUGUGAAUUAUACUUAAUAAAUCCAAAAAUAUGGCAACAAAUAAGAGGGAUACAAAUGAUUGCAUCUAUGAAAAUUAUUUCAAUAGCAAUAGAACUAGAUCGAAGUUUGUUUAAGAAAAUGGUUAAUCCAUUUGAAUUUGCUGGCUAUAUUCUCUGUCCUGCAAAUUGUAUGUUGGGGCCUUGGAUUUCAUAUAAAUCUUAUGAGAAAGAUUUAUGUGUUAAAUUUUUAUCUCGAAGAUGGAUAAAGAUAAUUCUAUAUAAUCUAUUUUUGGCAAUGAUAUUUUUAAUUUUGUCUAAUUGUAUUGUCCCUUGGUUUAUUGAAGACAACAGUAUGAAAUGGUUAAUUGCAUAUAGAGAUGCCCAAGCCUUCAGAAUGUCUCAUUAUUUUGUAUCAAGUAUGUCUGUGGUGUCAAUGGUAAGUGCUGGCUUUGGCUUGACAAAUGAUUGCCACUCGGAAAUAGAUAUAACUAAACCUUAUUUUAUUGAACUGCCAAGAUCAUUGGUGCAAGUGGUUAUUUUUUGGAAUAUACCAAUGCACCAGUGGUUAAAAAAUUAUGUGUUCAAAACUUGUCAACCAUAUGGACAAUUUUUUGCAAUCUUUACAACAUAUGCAAUAUCUUCUCUGCUUCAUGGUUGUAAUUUUCAACUAUCAGCAGUUCUUUUGAGCAUUGGAACAUUUUCUUAUGUAGAAUAUAAUUUUAGAUAUAAGGUCGCAUCUGCUUUAGAAGUUUGUUGUUUGGCUAAUCCAUGUGUUAAACAAUGUGAUCAUAAAUAUAAGAAAAACAGUUUUAUGGCAAUGUUUAUAAACUUUUUAUUUUCUCUCAUAACAAUAAUGCAUCUUGCUUACUUAGGAGUUAUGUUUGAAGCAUCAUUCUCAGUGCAGGAGACUGGUUACUCUUUUUCACAUACAAUUAGUAAAUGGGAAAAUCUCGACUUCUUUAAUCAUGGUGUUGCUGCUAGUAUGUAUGUUAUUUAUUUAAUGAUGUAGCUGUAUUAAACUUGUAUUUUGUAAGAAUCUCGAUUGGGGUUGUUAAAAUUGUGAUUAAUUGUAUUUGUGAUAGUAAAAUGUAUUAUUUUAUAUUUCUAUUAGUAUUUAAUAUUUGCACAAAAUGUAGUGGUAAUUUAUGUUAAUAAAAAUAUAUACUUAAGCAAUAAUUAAUAUUUCACCAUAUAGAAUCACAAUCAGUAUUCAGCCACAGUAUCAACUUCUGAAAAUUCUUAGACAAUACAAUUUUCUCUUGAAAUGUCUUUGCAUUCUUAUAAAUUGUGCUGAAUUUAUUGACGUACAAUCUGAUAAUCAUUUGUUGUAUUAUUCAUAUACUUAAUGUAUUUAAGUACUAAUAAAACUUCCAGUUCAUUAAA